AUGUUCCUCGUCGUAUUCCCAGUUAAGUAUAUCACCAGUUCAAAUGCAAUCGGCGCUCGGCUCUUUUGCUUUUCUGUUGGCGUCUUUCGCUACAGCACUAACAACUGACUACUGUGACCCAUCCUUAUGCCGUAAAGGAAAACAUAUUGCUUGCAAUAACGAUGGGAAAUUCGCUUCGAAUUGUGUUGAUCCACAAGAUCUAGAGCUUACACAGGAACAAAAGGAUAUAAUAACUCAGACGCACAAUAAGAAUCGUGAUAAAGUCGCGGGUGGCAAGUCCUUCUUGAACCCGGCCUGCCGUAUGGCCACCAUGCUUGGGCUGUGCCGCUGCGACCUACAGUGAGCCCGAUAAGAAUUAUAAUGACUUACUGUUCACUUGUAAUUACGCAGCAACGAAUGUCAUCGGUUAUCCAAUUUACAAAUCCUGUACGGAA